GUCUUCGGUCCAGAAUUUUUAGAAUUUCGGGUUUCAGUCCGGUCUGGUCCAUAUCCGGUUGUCAUUUGGUCCAGACCGAAAUGACCGACGAUAUUCAUUAACUCCCGAUUUCCUCCCCAUCAUCCUUGUCACAUCUUAUCUUCCUCAUGGAAGCCUUCUCACUUAAUGGACAACAUCUUCUACGCCGUGUCCGCCGGUCACCCACCAAACUCCUCCUUCGAUCAUGCCGGUCCUAUUGCACCCAAACACCACCGGAAAAGAUGCCGGGAAACGUCAUAUCGUAGCAGCCGCCGUCCAUGCCGCUGCCCAAUCUGCUUCGGCCACCACACGCAGCAGCGAGCCUCCCCACCACUCCCAAACGCCUCCUGAGGUCUAUACGACCCCAUCGCCACCAGCAUCGUGGGAUUUGGACGCCGGAAUCGCUGGGAAUCAGUUGCAACCUAUCACGACAGUUUUCGGGGGGUAUUUGCAGAUUCCGGCCACCUCCAGGAAAUUCGACGUCACGCACCCACCCAGACAUCUUCCUGACAUCUUUAGGACCCACCCUGACUCCUCAAUUGCAGAAUUUGAUUCGGGAUUGCAAAACCCCCAAUUUUCCACACCUAGGGUUUCGCCAGUGGGGAAAGUUUCAAUCCCGACCACACCUGGAUUCGGUCUUUUCGGUUUGGACCAGUUCAGUCCAUAGGAUUUCGGGUCGAUCCAGUCCAAAACCGACUACAUUUAGGUCUGGUCUUCGGUCUAAAUUUUAGCAUAGUUCGGUUUUUGGAAAACAAGAAUCCAUUAAGAUUUGGUACUCAAGAAUGAAGUCGAAACACUAAAACUAGCGUAGAAUAUAGGUAGAAACCAAUGUAAGGAUAUGACUUUAUAUACCUAUAUUCACAAGCUCAAAAGCACUCACAAAAUAUGUUUAAAACCAUCACAUAAACACUUUCAAAAUAUCUAAAAGGUUUUAAACUCAAACACGAAGGAUUAAGGGAAUUUU